AUCAAAGAAAUGUCAUAUUACUAGUUUUUUAAUGGAAAAGAGAGAAUAAAAAACAUCUAGAUUCCAUUUGGGAAGUGACAAGAAGAGAAGAAUAUGCGUUGACAAAGUCAAAUGCAACGAAACCAGCAUGCUACUUCGCUUACACGUCUUUUACCUUAAACCCAACAUAUGUCUAAUAACUUGUAAGACUAUCUUUCUUAUGUCUGCGCCUCUCCCUAUUAUAAAGUCUCUUCACAACUCGAACAAUUACAGCAAUUCUUAGCUUUUCAUCUGAAGAUUUAUGUCAUGUCUGUCAAGAAACAGGCUCCAGAGAGCAAGAACAAUGGAAGCGACAAGUCAAGUUAUUAUCGAUGCUUGUCAUUCUCGUUCACAGAGCAAUCACCGGAUGGUAAGAAGAAACAAUCGUCUUUGAGUCGUAUGGAUUCUAAGAAGCUCAAGGCAGGUAUUGUGAAGUGGGCAAAGCGUGUCGCCACUUACGCUCGUCAACUUAGCUCAAGAAAACGAAACUAAGAUACAAGAUGAAAGUGCUUUGGAAGAUGCACUCAUUUUACAAUUUGAUCAUGUUCUUGAUGAAGUCAAUUACUUUUUUUUUUUGUC